AUGGUUCGUCUCGUUUCAAUUCUUGUUCUUUCAUGGAUCUUGUUUUCUCCAUGCCAUGCAGAAGAUUCAGGGUCCCCAAAAGAAACCCAGAAUGGAAACUCUGCACCUGAGAAUAACUCAAUAAUACCAUUAGCAGCAACAAGAACGUACAGAAUUGACCCAAGUAAUGAUUUCAAUUACUACGAUGGUGGAUGGGAUAUUACCAAUACACAUUAUUAUAUGUCUCUUGCUUUUUCUGGUGUUCCUCCGGUUGCUGUUGCUGUCUGCUGGUUUUUCAUGGUGGCAAUUUCCUUCACCCUCAUAGCUUUAUUGAGUUGUUGUGGCUGCUGCAAGGGAAAGCACAGUGCUGAGUGCUCUCGAAUAAUUUAUGUAGUGUCACUCAGCUUUAUCGUGCUCUUCUUGAUCAUGACAGCAAUUGGAGGGUUUUUCCUUUACACUGGACUGGAGAGAUUCCAGAUUACUGCAAACGAUGUAUCAGAUGUUCUGGUCACGAAAGCAAACUCAAUAUUCAAUAUUGUUCAAAACGUGGUAACCAAUCUUGCAGCGGCCAAGAACAUACAAGUAGCUGGUUUUACUCUUCCAGAUGAUAUCAAGCAAGGCAUUGAAAUGGCUGAAGAUUUCACCAAUGAAGCUGAUAUUAUUAGGAAUCAAGCAGAGAAAACUGCAAGAAUCUCAAUGGAAUUCCUGAACGCUAAGCGAGAGUCUGAUCAUUGUUGGCUCUAUGAUGCUUAUUUUGGCAGCGAUUGGCUUCACUUGCUUUUCUUUGGGUGGAUUCUGGUCACAAUCACAUUUCUAUUGAGCAGCUUAUCUUUGGUUGUUCAUAAUGGUGUAGCCGACACAUGUGUUGCAAUUGAUGAAUGGGUUCAACACCCACGAAGUGAAUCAGCUCUAAGUAAACUUCUUCCUUGCAUGGAUGAGGCAACAACCCAGAAAACCUUGGACAUAAGCAAAAACACCUCGUACCUUGUGGUAAAUUUGGUUAAUGAAUUUGUAGUUAAUGUUGCCAACAACGAUAAUCCUCCAAUGGCUGAUAAGGAUAUAAAGUACAAUCAAUCUGGUCCAGCCUUGCCCCUCAUCUGCAAUCCAUUUUUCCCUAACAUGACUGAAAGAAAAUGUGACACCAUGGAAAUAACCUUAAAGGGUGCACCUACAGCAUAUCAGGGUUUUUUAUGCGAUACAUCUCCAUCUGGUGUAUGCAUUACAGUGGGGAGACUGACUCCUUCCCUGUACUCAAAGGUUAUGGUGGCUACCAACUUGAGUGACUCACUGUAUCGAAAUGGUCCAAUCUUUGCUGGACUAUUAAACUGUUCUUUUGUCAUAGCAACAUUUGAUCAAAUCAAUGACCAUGAUUGCCCUUCGUUCAAGCGAAACAGCCACCAGAUAUUCGUUGGCUUGGUGGUGGUUUCAACUGCAGUAAUGUUUUCUGUGAUUUUGUGGGUUCUCUUCGUCAAAGAAAGACAAGUUCAAAUGUCUGCAAAGAAGUUAAGGACAACAACAACAACACCUGGUGUAGUUCCACAAAACCAUGACCAUGAUGUAGUUCCACAAGACCAAGAAAACCAUAUUAGCUCACCAUAA